AUGGCAUUGUUUAGACAUCAAUAUCAAUGCCCUUGUUCUUGCGAGAUUCGCUCAUUGUUCAUUGACCAUUUGCUGACACAAAUCUUCAUCAUCGCCAUUUGCCCCCGAUUGCAGUGCCCUGACUCCCAUCCUUGCUGCGCAGCAAGGCCCGCGCACCUGCCCCAGACCCACUGGCAACCAGGCCGUUGGGCCUGCCUCCCUGGCCAUGCCACACCAUCUAGUGCCAAUGGGGCUGGAGGUGAGGCACUGCCCACAGCCACAUACAAUUCAGGCGAUGGCCGGGCAAAGACCACCCUAGAGCAGGUUUUCCGGGGAGAGGGCAGCACGAGGCGGGUGCAGGAGUUGGAACCACCAUGGCAGCUGGGGUGGCAGAUGAACGAAAGAAAUCUGAUGUGGAAUGAAGGGCUCAAGUUGAGGCUUGUUAUGAAAAUAGCCAGCGAGGAGCUUGGCAUGGAGGAAGAUCACUUCCAGAGGCAGCUGGAGGUGAUGCAGCAGCUCCUCCCUGGCUUUGGACCACGGGUGGCCACGAUGCCACCCAAGCUGAUCGCAGCACUGGUGGGCAUCGCUCCUGAAGUGGCAACCAAACUCGUGGAGUUGAAAUCCAUGUUGCCAGAGGCCGACGUCUCCAGCCUGUGCCUCCAGCGGCCGUCCCUGCUGCUGGACGCCGACCUGGCGGCCCUGAGGCGCGACGUGGACCGCCUGCGGCGCCUGCUGCCGCGCACGGACGUGGACGCUCUCGUGGAGAGGCACCCCGUCGUCCUGGACGUGCCGGGCUUCGAGGAGGCCAUGGCGGACGUGCGGCGGAUGAUGGGGGAGGGCACCGACGUGGAGGAGCUGCUGGCGCGCAACCCGGACAUCAUCCUGGCGCUGCAGAAGGGGGAGGACAUGAUACCCUAUGACCCUGUCCCCUAA